CAAAACAUUGGGAACGGAUGGAACCACUGGAUCUCGAGACCACAGUCUCCGAGGAUCCGGACACGCACUCACCUGUCACCUGUGCACGCACCGGAGAGACACGUUUACAUUUGUGGUUGGUUCACGCGUCGCUCCCCGUGGAUUACAUGAAGGUGUCUGGACCUUGAGGACGGAGUGCGUCAGGAGGAGAGAGCGCGCGUGUCCAACAAGUGGACGCAAGACUCGACUGAAAACACAAACUCUCAGUGGAUUGAUUGAUCACCUGCUAAUUCAUCCAUCCAAGGAUCGAUCGAUCGGUUCACAGUUGAGACUCAACUAACCUGCGCUCAUUCGCUCUGCCUCAGAUGUGGAGCUGGUGCGCAUUGUCUCGCUCUGAAGUAGUUUCUCUCUCCAGUGACUGAGUAUUAUUUGUUCUUUUCCAAGCAAAUAAUGAAACUGCAAUGAGGUAAGACAACGCCUGCAUUUUUUUGUUUUUUCAUUCAUUGACCUAAAGCGAGAUUUUCGGAGGACACGCUGCGGAAUCCACCGCUCGCCCCCAUCAUCCACUGACGCGCUGCGGGUCCCUCGGUGAUCGUGGGGGGAAGUUGGGAUCCUCUCUGUGGGCAUCUCUGCAUGUCGAGGGCGCAGGUGGCAGCCAAAGGUCGCAGUCAUGCCGAUGCAUCCAGUCACCUCCACGUUGAUGUACCGGGGGAUCUGCACCAUCCCUGACAUCCUCUACAGCGCGCCAGUGAACCUGCCCGAAGACGAAGUUGAAGAGAUCCGCGAGGCCUUCAAAGUGUUCGACCGUGAUGGAAACGGAUUCAUCUCAAAGCAGGAGCUGGGGAUGGCCAUGCGCUCCCUCGGCUACAUGCCAAACGAGGUGGAGCUUGAAGUCAUCAUCCAGAGACUGGACAUGGAUGGCGACGGCCAGGUGGACUUUGAGGAGUUUGUCACUCUCCUGGGCCCGAAGCUGACGGCAGCUGGGUUGCCGGAUAAGUUCAACGGCACCGACUUUGACUCCGUCUUUUGGAAGUGUGACAUGCAGAAGCUGACGGUAGAGGAGCUGAAGAGGCUUCUGUACGACACCUUCUGUGAUCACCUCUCCAUGAAAGACAUCGAGAACAUCAUCAUGACCGAGGAGAACCACAUAGAGAACCCUGAGGAGUGCCAGGUGGAUAUAGACAGUUCCAGCCCGACGCAGCAAGUGAAGCAAACUUGUGUGCGCAAGAGCCUGAUAUGCGCCUUUGCCAUCGCUUUCAUCAUCAGCGUCAUGCUCAUCGCAGCCAAUCAGGUGCUGCGGAGCGGCAUGAAAUAGGAGCUGUGGAAUUUUCAGCCUUGAUCACCACCUAAAGGCUGCCUUGCAGAUAAAUGACUGAGAGAAUAAAAAAUAAAAAAUAAAAGCAUUCUACGGACAAUCACACAGGUGUAAAACAGGCUAACAUAUGACUGCUGGAGGCACCAAGGACACUUCAUGUGCAGGAAUCCAUCUUGGUGACAGAGACAAGCUAACAGCUCUCAGAAUUCCAAGGACAACAGGACCUCACAUAUAAAGAGACAGCGGUGUGUGUUAACUUGGACAGCUGACAAUACAUAUCACUCUUCGUAAUAACAGCGUUUAGUAUUCAUUAGCUAUGUGCAUUUGAGCAGUGUUGCAUUCACUAUGGUGGCAGCUAUAGAGAGAAGUGUAGUGACUGUCCAGUUUUGUAUUUUUCAGUGUACCAUCCGGUUAAUUAUAAAAGAAUAGAAAGAAAUCUGUGAAAUAUUGUGGGUAACAUUAAAGAAAAUGUAUUCCAGACGCUGGAAAGGAAUUUUGGUGAGACUUGGUGUGCACAGCGAUGUGUGGGGGCAGUGCAUGUGGUGCAAUAUUGUUAAAAUAAUAAAAAAACACCUCUUGGGAAUAACAAUAGCGUGGUAAGAAACAGGCAGGUGCAGAUUUCCAGGAAGGUGCCCAUGAUUGUGUGGAUGGUUUCAUUCAUCCACAUGCUGCAGGGCUUCAGGCUGAAGCCUCUCGGGAGGAAGGUGUUUGGGUCUGAAUGCGAAGGUAACUGGCUGGAAAGUGGCUGGACAUGCAGUAAACACUAAACUCUAUCUCCACAGCGGGGCUUUGUAGGCCUCGGAGUGUGACCGUCAUCUAUGCAUGAAGUGCAUGGAUUUAAAAACAGUCGUCUUGAAACAUUUGUAAAAGUUCUUAUCAAUGUAUUAAUCAUUAUGACUGUGUAACAGAGCUGUUCUAAAUACUAAAUGACAACUGUGAGCAAUUGUUUGUGGUGCAGGGUAUCAGCAAUCACAACAACAGUAAAUUAUACAACUGCAUGAAAAAGAAGGGCUGCUUUAGUACAUGCUCGUGAAAACUAUUUCUCGGAUCGUUAAUCCAUGGACAUUGUGCCUCACACGGGGCACCUGAUGAUGAUCUCUUACAGCAACCGAAGAGCAAACUCCUUCAAGAUGUUCGUCACUCAACCAUUUAAAGAAUAUGCAUCAAACUGAUCUAGCUGGGUUUAGAGGUGUAAAUCUGCAGGAAUGUAUUUUGUUCUUUUGUGUUUUUUGUCUGGAAGUGUUGCUAUAGAGCAAUAACUGUAUGUAAAAUAGUCAUCACAGGAUUCUUCAAAAACAUUAGCACCGAUGGACCUACAAACUGCUGAGGUCAAAAAAGAUUUUAUAGCACUUUUUCGAAUUAGAGUUUUUGGCAAUAUGGCAGACAUUGGCUCUGAUGUUCAAACAGUGAAGAUCACAGAUGAGUGGAAACCUGUGUGUUAGAAGUUGUCCGUUGCAUUGAAGUAAGACAGGGGCCAAAUCGUGUAAACUGUUGCAAUAAAACAUUAAUAUCUGUGAAGCACCACAUUAAAGAUUUGUUUGGAUGUGGUUUAGAUUGUUGUGCAUGCAUCUGGGUCAGGUCUGUCACAAUUGAUGUGUUUUGUGCAUUUGAAGCGACUUCAACCAAAGCUUUGGGGAAACAACACAACUGGGUCACUGAACAAGAGCAAGCUUGGUAAUGAGAUAAAAAAAACAAAAAAACAUUUGAAUUAUUAAAAAAUCUGAAAUCUUAAAGUUACCUAUGCUCACUAUUUUAGUAGACACUCUAGAAAGGAUUCAAUCUUACCUGAAACCAGGGAGGGCUGAAAUGCCUCAAAGCCAAAUUUGAAUUUUUGACAGGGCAGCAUUGUGUUUGAAAAGGCAAAAGAAAAAAGCCCUUCACAAUGCCUUCAAAAAUAAGACGGUGAAAUACAGAGAGCUGAAUAAUUCACAUCUCAUAAAUAUCCCCUUUUAGGAUCGCUAUUGGCAGCUCCCCAAACUUGGAUCUCACACAAGAGCCACAACCUGAAUUAGACAAUACCCUUUCGCCCAGAGCCUGGCUGGAUAAUGAUUAUCUCAUGCACUCGGGCAAUUUGUCAAGUCUGUUGGGAAAACACUCUGGUAAAAAUAUAGAAAAAAGCUCUAUUUAUUAACUAAUACCUUUGUUUCCAUUUUGCACUUUAAGAUGUGCCUCAACGCACAACAACAACUCACCGCCAUGAUUGUUCAUCCAUUUUGAGAUACAGUUAGGCAUAAAAUUACUUUACCAUAGAUGUAUAUUUUUGUGAUGAGAGCGCAACAGUAUAGAAUAUUUACUGACUGACAAAUGAUUAUGUCUCAUUCGUUUUCCAUCAGAGCAUUACUGAGGGAAGAUUUUCCUGCAUAAUAAAAGAUUAAUAAUUUGAUUCGUUGCCUUAUUCUUUGAGACACUUGUGUAUAGACAUAAACAUACAUGUAUCAUGGGUUUAUUGUUAAUCACCAGAGCAAAAUAUACAAACCAGUAUUCAUUUUCCUUUCACAGGUGAAAAAAACAGUAUGAAUUUGUUGAUAGUCUACUGAAUGUUAUAUUUCCAUUGAACUGUACUUUGAUACUCGUCUUUGGAUCUUGCAAAAAUGUUUAUUGACCAUGUGAUACGUGUUCAUUGACUCCACCAGAUGUUCUUCUAUGUGUGUGGAAUGGUAUUUCACAUGAAUAAAAUCAUACGCCAACCGUGUGGUGUGUCUGAAUAAUUCUGGAUUGUCAAAUCCCCAAUCACGGGGCUGAAG